AUGAAUCAAUCACAAUUUGGAUCUACAAGCAACCCCAAUAUUAUUUCAUCGGCAUCAUCGAGUGCUAAUUUGCCAAUUGUUCCUCCACCUUCAUCGGUUUCCUCACCAACAACACCAAAUGUUUUACCCCAGAAAGAUUAUGCUCCAAAUAUUUUGGAUCAAAAUUUGAAUAGACCCAAGAAGGAAGUGAGCGAGACGAUUUUUUCCUUCUUAUUUGCUGAAGUUGUUCAGUAUUGCCAAUCCCGAGUAAAUGAUAUGAAUGAAUUACAUGAAAAAUUAAUGCAACUGGGUAUUCCCAUUGGGCAAAGAUUAUUAGAAUUAUGUGUAUUGAGAGACAAAAAUUCCAAAAGAGAAAUCAAAGUCAACAACAUGCUCGGCUUUAUUGGAAAUACAUUGUGGAAAACUUUAUAUGGGCGAGGAGUGAGUACUAUCGAAAGAGCAGCUGCCAGUACACAAACAGAUAGUUCUAAUCCACAACUGAAGCCAGUAAUUACUAGAUAUAUGAUUUAUGAAAAAGAACCUCUGGAAACAAAAUACAUCUCACCUCCCAGAGACAUGAAUGUUCAGUGCGCAUACUUUAGUGCUGGAAUCAUAAAAGGAGCUCUUAAUGCUGCUGACUUUAGGGCUGAAGUAAGAGUUGCCAUGACUGAGAACAGAGAUUAUACUGUGUUUUUGAUAGAUUUCGAGGAGGAUGUAAUACGGCGAGAAUUAUAA